UGAAAGUGGCCUCGGGGAGAUUUUCUGCUUCCGAAAACGAAAGUCUAGGGAACAUCAAAGUACCUCAAAAUGGCAGCAGCUGAUGCGGAUUCGAAUGAACCAAAACGCGUAAACAUUGGCCAGGAAGACUCAAGCUCGCGUCCAAGUGACGAGCCAACGAUGCCGGCUGGACCUCGGCAGAAGAAUCCUCGCGACGAAUACAUCGCGGCGUUAAACCAGUGGCUGUGGCAGUGCUAUCACUGGCAGUGUUUCGCAGUGGCCUUUCCCUACUUGACCCUGCAGGCUGCCAGCCAAAACCGAACGACUUACGAAACGGUUGACAUCAACCGAAAUCUUUCGAGAUCGUUUGUGCCAAACCAGAAUCUCGUUGUCGGGCAGCGACCUCAGCAACGACAGAACGCACCGCCAAGACCGGGGCGCGAAUUCAAGCUGCCGUCGCUAUGGAAACGGUUCGCGGCGGAGCUGCUCGACUCCUUCAUCUUGCUGUUUGUCAAGUUGCUGGUAACCUACAUUGCGAUUGAUUACUUUGACAUCAUCGAUUUAGACAAAUACGACCUGGACACGCUCCGCGAGGAGGCGCUCAACUACAGGGUGGCGCUGGAAGUCACCACGGAAGUGAUGUUCCUGGAACUCAUACACAGAGUUCUUGUGUGCCUUUACGAGACAAUUUGCUUGCACCAAGGCACCGACAUGCCGGGUGGCAGGACGCCAGGGAAGAGCAUAUUUGGCCUGCGGGUCGUUUCGUGCGUCGGCGUCGAAGAGAUCGGAGACAACCGUGUGCGCGUCUAUCCGGCUGGUGACAUUGGGAUCGGCAGGGCCCUGUUGCGCUCCUUCGUCAAGAACUUCACCUUGGCUCUGCUGUUUCCAGCGUGCCUCACCAUCUUCUGCUUCAAACAUGGCCGGGCAGCCUACGACAUACUCUGUCACUGCGUCGUCGUAGAAGACAUUCCGAGGCCGAACCGAAACUGAACGUCCGUCAUUCCUCCGCGCUUUUAAAGUCCAGUCAGCACCAUCUUGCUGCAUCUUGGAGUCUUCAUCCCCCGCUAGGCCUGCGCACAUCCCUUCAGACAUUUUGGGCGUCUUGCACGGUGGAUGUACCUUUCAGGAUUUUGGAAGUCUUGUGUGUGUGUGCCUACACGAAAUGGGGAAAUUUAAAGGAAUUCAAUAAUAUAUUGCUCGUUUGAGAAAUAAAUUCUAAUUGUCUAUGUCCACACGCAUUAACAUGUGACAUGUGCACUGGACGUGGCGGAACAAAUGUUAUCUGGUAUUUGAAAAUGUACUGUUCUCGAAGCACCGUUUUAAAUGUCUUACUAAGCACGGGAGAGACAAAGUACUGCUCGGAAUUCGUAUAUUGUUUACAUUAUUUACGUGGCCUUACACAGUGUACCUGGUUAUGGAUUUUCAUAGUUUCAUUUCACACACGGCGACUCUUCUGUAACGAGAAAUUUUGCCACGAUAAUACGGUUCGCAGACGGCAUAGCACAUAAGUGCUCUCACGCUACAGUGCACAUGCCUUCUUUGCACGGGGAGAGGAGGAAAACGUGCAAUGUGGAUGGGAGGGGCUCGUGUUCUGUCCAGGAGAGCCCCUAUUGGUUGGAAAUCGACUACACACAUUUUAGGGAAAGUUAGGGACACAAGUGGGGAUUGACCGGGGCAUCAUGGGAGAAUUUAAGAACACCGGGAGGUCCUGCCAAUGAGAUUUUACGAGGGUUUGGCGAUACCAGGGAAUUGACUGGGGACAGCCUGAAAAGUUUAGGGAUACUGGGGAUAUAAAGACUAGGGAUAUUCUAGGGAAAUCAUAUAUCCCCUCCUAUGGACACUCAGCCCCCUUCAGACCUCUUAUAGUUAAUCUUAAGUGUUAUUGCUCUCAACUCUCAUCUCUACAUGUCAGCAGUGCGAUCAGGCUGCGGAGACGUGUAUACCACCUGAAGUGUUGUGAACCAGGGAACUGCACAUCAAGCAUUUUCGUUUCAGUUCCGGAUGCUGUCUUGCAGCUGGUGUGACACGGUGUUUGUGAACAAAUGAUGCGUCGAAGCACAUGCUGUUUGUACUGGGGAGUCUCUUUCGGUGUUAACGAUCACGUCCUUUUGUCACUGACAACAGAUGCACUUCUGGCAAGCAACGAGCAUGUGACCUAGUGACUGUGUGAGCAUCUUCUGGCAUUAAAGACUUAUUUUGUUAA